GUUCAGUUGAAUUCAUACCUAUCGGGAAGAUUAAAACCCGUCUGCCUAUUCUAUUUUUGCCAUGUCCUUUGAGUUCAAGAGAUUUCCAAGAUCAAUGACCUCAAGUCUGCAGCAUGUCCUGUACAUUGCAGUUCACUGCCACCCAGGCACGGAGCCUCUUGGCAUCAGGGAAUCUUGGCCCUCUCGACAGCUCACUUGAAAGAGAUCAGCGACUGCGUGGGGAGGAGAAAAGUCACGGACGUAACUGGUGGAAAAGCAUAUAUAGGGAACUUGACUCCCGAUCCUCAGCUGUAUUCGAGCAUCACAAAGCCAGCAGUUAUCAUCGUGCAACCUUUUAUACGCACUACCCUGUACCAUUCAUCUCAGUCAAUUCAAUUGCGUGAAAACCCCGUUGAAAACAUACUAGGAUGAAUUUGUCAAAGCUUCUUUACCUGUCGGCCCUGCUUCUCGCCUCUCUCGCCGCGGCUGCUGAAAUUGACUCCGACGACGUCCCAUCCCAAUGCCAGGAAGUAUGUGCACCUGUCGUCAGCCUGGCUGCCUCUUGCGAUGCCCAAUACGAUGAUGAUGACCGUGGGGAGAAGAACUGCAUUUGCUCCGACUCCACUUCGGCUACCAACAUUCCACUGUGCGCUUCCUGCAUCUCUCAAUUCAGUCACGAUCGUGACGACAACGAUGCAAACGAUCUCGUGAGAGAUUGCUCCUUCACAACCACGUCAUACAACCCAACUUCAACUUCGUCGGCUACCGGCACCUCGACUAUUACAGUCUCGAGCAGCAGUACUUCUACAAGCUCCUCGCAGACCAGUACUCGUGGAAAUGUUGUCACGACUACCGUUACAGCUACAUCUAGUGCUACUGAAAAUGCGGUUGGGAUGGUCCCGGAGCCAGGAGUGGGACUUCUCGGUUCAGUUGUUCUUGGACUGUUUGUGUUCCUGGGUAUCUGAAAAGCAAAAGUCAGCCACGAACGUAUAUUGGUAGUGUACAGAGUAUCCCAUGGUAGUUUGUAUUUAAGAUAGCGACAGAUCACUGUGAUGUCGAGACGUGCAGGCAAGGAAGUAUAGGGUAUUAGGGCUAUAAGGAUAACGGUGUUGAGUUUACUUGACAAUUCGUUUUCUAUACUGUCUGGUUUGGCUGUAGACUGCAACUCCUAUGAUAUACUAUAGUGAUAUAGUAGAUAUCAGGGUUUUUAUGAGGAAUGGAACAUUGUGAACCUUAUUUGAUUAUAAUAUUUCUACAUCUUUA